ACUUCGGGUGUGGCAGUGUGGGUCUCAUGUGUGCCAGGCUGUCUGCUGCAGUCCAGACCUAAAUGCCAGGAACUAGAAGCCAUUCAGCCCCAGGGCUCCAAAGACUUAGCAGGAAAGCCUGGCCUACAGAGGCACGGACACCGGCGUCGGGAAGUCGAGCAUCGUGUGCCGGUUCGUGCAGGACCACUUCGACCACAACAUCAGCCCCACCAUCGGUUCCAUUCCCUGGCGCCCAUGUACUACCGAGGGUCGGCCGCUGCCGUGAUCGUGUACGACAUCACCAAGCAGGAUUCAUUCCACACGCUGAAGAAAUGGGUGAAGGAACUGAAGGAACAUGGCCCAGAACGCAUCGUGGUGGCCAUCGCGGGGAACAAGUGUGACCUCUCAGACAUCAGGGAGGUCCCCCUGAAGGAUGCGAAGGAGUACGCCGAAUCCAUAGGUGCCAUCGUGGUCGAGACCAGUGCGAAGAACGCCAUUAACAUCGAGGAGCUCUUUCAAGGAAUCAGUAAGUACCUGAAACCGUGUUUUCAGCCGAGCUGGUGUUUGGUGCUGGAGGAGCCAGGAUCCACCGUGUAGAGCUAGCUCCCAGGCAGCCCUUCGUUCUGUUGAGCGGAUCUGAUGCUCUGCAGAUGAAGCCCACAGCUGGGCACCUGUCAGAACCCACAUCUGCUGUGCCCCUCGGUUUUGUUUCCAUAAUUCUGUGCUUUGGCCUGUUCACCUACGUUUUGUGAAUUCAAAGGAAGUAGCCCUGUUUCCAAAGUCAAAUGCAUAUUAAUUUAAAGGUAUGUGUUGAUCGCAUUUUAUGUUGGCACCUUUAGGAAACGAAACAUGAAACAGAACCCUGAGGUCUAAAAGUUCCGGUGGCCGGCUAAACCCACUAAUUCUAGGUGAACAAAAUGAGGGAACCUUCUAGUCAUUUCUUUUGCCUGUUCAUUGUCCACAAAAAAUAACAUCUGCAUCCCACAUGACCUGAACCUGGGCGUGAGCAGAGAGUCACUCUGUAAAGAUCUUCCUCAGCGGAUGUGCUGGUUCCUGGGAGGGGACAGCCCACCUGGUCCCCUGCACUUCUCUUUCUUGUGAUGGUUUCCCAUGUUAACCUCUCCAAGAGCUGCUUCCCCGCUGACCUUCCCACUCACCUGUCUGCAGUGGCAGGUUCCCCUUCCUCAACUCUUGUUCCUGACAUUCUGUUCUGGCUCCUGCCACAGAAGUACCUGCUGAUAGGGGGGUGGGGACACUGAACUCUGGGCGCUGCCCUGGCCCGGGGGCAGUCAGCAGUGUGGGCAGGGAGGCUGGGCAAGGCCACACUUGGGAAAGGCUGGCACCUCUGUCCCGGUACCCUCCUUAGGAAAAGCUGUGCCCUGAACAGUUGGCAGCUGACCUCAAACAUCUUGGCACCAGGAGUUCCAGAAGGGAAGCCCAGUGUCUGCCUUUCCUCCGAGGCCUGCUGUCUAAGGCACAGAAGGCCCUCGCCCUUGGACAGAUGCCAUUCCCGCUUACUGGUUUGGAACCAUGACUUUGGCCUCUGAGAACUCACAGCAGGGAAGCUCCUGUUUGUUUACCUCAGCUGGACAGAGAACUUAGAGCUGGAGAUGGGCUCUAAGCCCUGUCCCUUCCACCGUGUGAAGAGUGCCACCAAGCCACCCCUGCAGCCACCGCCUCCCCUCCCGACUUGAGAAGGAUUCGGUCCUGCUGUUAUUCCACACUCGGCAGAACAACGUCCAGCUCACUGGCCGCAGGGUUGAGCUCUGGUUAGCAGAGGCUGUGCUGGGGACCCCAGUUUUCAUGCUCUGACUCCUGAUGGGCAGUGGUGGUUCUCUGCACAUGUGUCCCUCAGGGGGACAUCUCAGAGUGUCCCCAAGAGCGAGCUGCUUCCUUCCUGGUGGCCUUAGGCUUUUCUGGCAUAUUCAGCUGUUGGCAUUUUGCUUUCCGGGUGGUUCUACUGAAUGACCUGCCGCUGGGACAUUACACCGGUCAUUUGCACAGUUAUUAUCUUUCCCCCAGCGU